UCCGAGAGCGGCUCAGCUUUGCUUUCGCUUCGCUGUGCUCCGCCGGGGCAGCGUGGGCCCGGAGCCGGCGGGGAGCGGGCUGUGCCCCGAUCGCCGCCCCACGGAGGGACGGAGAGGGCUCCGGGCACAGACCUCCCCAGAGCCUAUCGAUGUCGCCGCGCCUGCUCAGGGCGGUGGGCUGGUGCUGGGCGGCCGUGCUGGCGCUGCUGACCGUGGUCGUCUUCGUCCUGGUCCUUCUCCCGGCAAAGGAUGCUGUCCUUCCUACCAGAAUCAAAUACGGCCUGGUGUUUGAUGCUGGCUCCACACACACGUCCCUCUACAUCUACCGGUGGCGCGCGGACAAGGAGAACGGCACGGGCAUCGUGUCCCAGGUGGAGGCCUGCUCUGUGUCUGGACCCGGCAUCUCCAGCUACGCAGACGACCCCGCGGGGGCUGGCGCCAGCCUGAAGCCUUGCCUGGACAGGGCCAUGAAGAUCGUCCCGGCCGAGCAGCAGCGGGAGACCCCCACGUACCUGGGGGCCACGGCCGGCAUGCGGCUGCUGAGGGAGGAGAACAGCAGCAAGGCCGAGCAGGUCUUGGCCGAGGUGUCCAAGGCCAUUGGGGAGUACCCUGUGGAUUUCCGCGGAGCUCGGAUCUUGACGGGCAGCGAGGAGGGCUCCUUUGGCUGGAUCACUGUCAACUACCUGCUGGAGACACUGGUCAAGUUCUCGUUUGCAGAGAAAUGGGAACAUCCCCAGGACACCGAGGUUCUGGGAGCUCUGGACCUCGGCGGUGCCUCGACGCAGAUCACCUUCCAGCCCGGGGUCCCCGUGGAGGACAGGAACAUGUCCGUGUUCUUCCGGCUCUAUGGCACCAACUACUCCCUGUACAGCCACAGCUACCUGUGCUACGGGCAGAGCCAGGCCCUGAAGAUGCUGCUGGCAGCUCUGCACCAGGCCAGCUCGAGUCCCCAGAUCAGGCACCCCUGCUACCCCCAGGGGUACCAGGAGAACAUCACCGUGGCAGAGCUCUACGACAGCCCCUGUGUGCGUGCGCCAAGCUCAGCCAGCCCUGGCCUUGUCCUCACAGUGACGGGGACAGGGGACCCAGCCGCGUGUGGCACGGCCGUGCGGAGACUCUUCAACUUCAGCUGCGGGGCGCAGGGGCCGUGUGGGUUCAAUGGAGUCUAUCAGCCCCCCGUGCGGGGACAGUUCUUCGCCUUCUCGGGGUUUUAUCACAGCCUUCACUUUCUGAACCUGACAGGAGGGCAGUCCCUGAGCUUGGUCAAUGCCGCCAUCAGGCAGAUAUGCAACAGCAGCUGGAAACAGGUGCAGGAGUUGUUCCCCACAGCAAGCAGGACCCAGCUCCGUGACGCCUGCGCAGCCAGCUCCUACAUCCUCACCCUCCUCCUGCAAGGCUACAAAUUCAACAUCACAACAUGGCCCAGCAUCCACUUCAUCCAGCAGGUUGCUAACACAGAUAUGGGCUGGACUCUGGGCUACAUGCUCAAUCUCACCAACCUCAUCCCCUCGGAGCCUUCUACAGCAGUCACAGAGCUCCCGAGAAGGAUCUGGAUAGCAGCCACACUUCUGCUGGCCAUCAUGCUCAUCCUCGUCUUCUGCCUGCUCACAGCCACGUGCUGCCACAGAAACUCCUUGGGCUAUGAGCAGCUGUAGCAGCACUGCCUCCAGAGGCUGCCAGGCCAGGUCCUGCUGCCACUCCUCUGCAAGGAGCUGCUUCCCGAGAAUCACCCCUGUGUGCCCAGGGGCCAUGGACGUGUCCUGGGGGGCCCCAAGUCCUAGCCUGGUGAACUGGAGCUGGCACAGCUGUGGAACACCCCCCUCACAGCUGUGUGCUCUCUGCUCUCCUUUCCCUGCCCUGCUGCUUGGAGAUGCUCCAGGAGGGAGGCUUGGGGAGCACCGUGCUGUGGGGUGGCUGAGAUGGGGACUGGGGGUCUGGCAGCAGUGGGACUGUCACAGGGCUGCUUACAGCCCACAGCAAACCCAGGGUGGGACACACGUGUCCUGCCCCAUCCCAGGGCCAGGGUCUGCAUCUCCCAUGGCCAGUGCCAGCCCCAGGGGCCGUGGCUUUGGGGAUGUUUGGGACACUGGCCUGGUAGACAGGGCUCAGCCUGGGGCUGGGAAGCCCUGUGAGGGGGGAUGGCACAGCUGCCUCCUCUCCUGCAAUGAGGUUCCUCUCCAGUCCACUGCACCCCAUGCCCCACGGCUGGCAGACAGCUCAUCCUCCCUUUCCAACACAGGGUGACUUGGGAACACAGCUGGGACAUGGCAGAGGCAGCUUCCAGGGCUCUCCAUACAGUUUUGGGGAGUCCUGUUGGCAGCCAAGUGAUGGGUGAGUUGAGACACCUCCUCAGAGAAGGAAAAGGCCUGUCCUUGUGCCCUGUUGGCUCCACUCCAAAGUCCAGCAGAGACCUCAGUGUCUGCAGGGACACCUCCCAUAGAUUCAUUGCCUCACCCCUGAGUCUCCCUCAUCACCAGCCCUUACCUGGGAGACAGAAGUAAUAAAAUCACAAUGAUUUGGAAGCAG